UGUACGGCACGGGCCCCAAGAUGGCGGCCCCCACGGCGGAAGGGCCCCGGCGCAGCCAUGCUCCUCGCCCGGCGCCGCGGCUCCGGGACAAAGUCUCUGCAGCCCCAUAAGCGCACCUUGUUCAGAGUGAGUAGACCGCAGCCUCACAGCUCUUGUGUGAUCGUGUGCGAAAUCAACAGCCCCAGAAGGGGCAAGAGUCCACCCUGACUAAUACUCAAGUGAGAGUUGCUGAACUCUGCGGGGUGAAUGUGCAAUGACACUGAUGACAUGGAUACUGUCCUUUUAAGACUUGGUGUCUCUGUGGAGCUGCUGACUUUUCCCCUUAUUGGAGGCUGCAGGAUCUUCCAUUCAGUCUGACUGCAGCCCACAUACAGAGGCCUCUCCAGCUUUGGAAGGUGGGCUGAUACCCAGAGUGAACAUGCCAGCUAAUGGGAAAUCACCCCAGAGGUUUCCUGCCCUGGUUCCAGGACAACCUGGCAGAUCAUUUGAGGGAUCUCUGUCAUUCGAAGACGUGGCUGUGGAUUUUACCCGACAGGAGUGGCACAGGCUGGACCCUGCCCAAAGGACCAUGCACAAGGAUGUGAUGCUGGAGAACUACAGCAACCUGGCAUCUGUGGGCCUCUGCGUGGCCAAACCAGAGAUGAUCUUCAAGUUGGAACGAGGGGAAGAACUGUGGAUAUUAGAGGAGGAAUCCUCAGGCCAUGGUUACCCAGGCUCUCUGUCACUGCUGUGUGCCAACAAUUCUGUUGGUGGUAAUGCCCUCAGUCAUGAUAAUGACCUUCUUCAGCAUCAGAAGAUUCAAACUUUGGAUCAAACUGUCAAAUAUAGGAAAGCCUUCUACAAGAGAACGGGCUUUGUUGGACAUAAAAAAACACACACAGGAGAGAAAAACUUUGAAUGUCACGAAUGUGGGAAAACUUACUGCAGGAAAUCAAACCUUAUUGAACAUCUGCGAAUACACACAGGAGAGAGACCCUAUAAAUGUGGUGAAUGUGCAAAAACCUUUAGUGCACGAUCAUACCUCAUCGCUCAUCAGAAAACUCACACAGGGGAAAAGCCCUUUGAAUGUAACGAAUGUGGAAAAUCUUUUGGCAGGAAGUCACAACUCAUUCUACAUCGGAGAACACACACAGGAGAGAGACCCUAUGAAUGCACUGAAUGUGGGAAAACCUUUUCUGAGAAGGCAACCCUCACGAUCCAUCAGAGAACUCACACAGGGGAGAAACCCUACGAAUGUGGUGAAUGUGGGAAAACGUUUCGUGUUAAGAUAUCCCUUACGCAACACCAGAGAACUCACACGGGGGAGAAACCCUAUGAAUGUGGUGACUGUGGGAAAAACUUCCGUGCAAAAAAAUCCCUAAACCAACAUCAAAGGAUUCACACGGGGGAGAAACCCUAUAAAUGCGGUGAAUGUGGGAAAUUCUUCAGAAUGAAGAUGACUCUCAGCAAUCACCAGAGAACUCACACAGGUGAGAAACCCUAUCAGUGUAACGAAUGUGGGAAAUCUUUCCGCGUGCACUCAUCUCUCGGGAUACAUCAGCGAAUUCACACAGGAGAGAAACCUUAUGAAUGUAAUAAAUGUGGCAACGCCUUCUAUGUCAAAGCACGCCUCGUUGAACAUCAGAGGCUGCAUUCAGGAGAGAAACCCUAUGAAUGUAGCGAAUGUGGAAAAAUCUUCAGUAUGAAGAAAUCCCUUUGUCAACACCAGAGAACUCACUCAGGCGAGAAACUUUAUGACUGAAGUCAAGGGAGAAAUGCCUUCUAUGUGAAAGUAUGCCUCAGUGACAUAAUCUUUGAAUGUCAAGAAUGUUGGAAAGUCUUUGGCCAGAAAACCAACGUCACAGAACAUCAGAGAACUCACGGAGGCCAGCCCUUGCCUUGUACUAUGGAGGAAGCUUCUCUAAGAAGACUCCUGUCACCAUUUGACCAAGCCCUUUGGGCCAUCUGAUUACCGGGGCACACAUAGUGCACCUGUAACAAUUUGGCUCCUACACUGGUGUGGAAAUUGAUUCGAUCCCCUUAGGGAAUGGCUCGUUUUCAUUCCAUUUGGAUUUCCCUAAUUAGUGGUGAGGUUGAACAUCCUCCAGCUGUUGACUGACCAUUUGUUUUUAUUUCUUCUGUGCAAUAACUGUUCAUAGCCUUUGCUCAUUGUUUUCUAAUGGGCUGUUUAUCUUUUACUUCUUGGUUUAAAUGUUGUUUUUGUUGUUGUAUUUAAUAUAUGAGAAUAUAAAAAUCCUUUUUUCGGUCAUGUGUGUUGCAAAUACCUUCUCUCAGACUGUGACUGGUUCUUUAAUUUUGCUAACUCUUUUGCUGAGGUUUUUUGGGGAGGGAGGGGAGGUAAUUAGGUUUUAUUUAUUUAUUUAAAAAAAUUUUUUUUAAUGGCGGGACUGGGGAUUGAACCCAGGACCUCGUGCAUGCUAGGCACGCACUCUACCACUGAGCUAUACCCUCCCCACUGAGGUUUUAUGUUUUGGUGUUAGUUUCAAGGUGAUAAUAAUCUCCUAUACCCUUCUCUAAAGUGAAGGUUUUACUUUGAACAUUUUUUUUCUCUUAUAGUAAUGCAAUCUAUAUGGUUUUAUAAAGCUGCUUUGAGUUCCUGAAAGAGGAACUAAAAGAACACAACGUGUUGCUGCUUGCUUUGGCAAUUACCUUUAAGUCAAGUCUUUGGAGCCUGGAGUAUUACAGUAACAUUUCCAGCGGGAAUAACAAAGCACAACCACUCCAUGCAUAAUUCAUACCAAUUCAUACUUAAUUGCUCUGGGAACUCUCACUGCUUGAAGAAUGGACGUACUUCCAGAUCAUUCGCCAGAGGGAGGAAAUAAAUCCCCAGGUGGAAAUUUCAGAUUUUUCUACAUUAUACUGUACAA